CAGCUGAGUGAGUAUUUUGGUUAGUCUGGGCUCCCUUCCCGUCCGAUAUCGAUAGGCCCGGUUAGGAGCGUUCCCUUCCCUAGUCUAGUGGGAGGAUAGGGCAUUCGUUUCUGGGACAAUGGGUCGCUGGCAAUUGCACAACAGCUGCACCAAAAAAACCGCAGCGUAGAGGGAAGGAAAAGCACAUUCCUGCUAUAAAUCACACCUCGCCGAACCGAACGGCAUACAUUUGCAUACGGCAGUGCGUUGAGUGUAAAGCGUGAGCCACAGUCACAAAGCUCACGUUAAAAGAACUCUGUGAAAAGAAUCGUGCAAAACAGGAACACGGUGGUGAAAAUGUGUCGUGCUGUGGAAGGCGCGUUGUUGCUAGUGGUUGCUGCAAUCCUGCUGGUAGAAUGUUCCGGCUUGCACAUGUAUCCGGAAAUAUUCGAUCCGGCCAAGUUUCUGCAGCGUCCGUUGCCGCUGAAAAGUGCCGUUGAGAGUCGAGCCAUUUCGGAGCCGGAAUACUACUCGGGCGGCGGGUUUAAGGACGGCGAGGUUGGCUUUGUGCGUUCGAACAGCGAGUCGGGCAAGGGUGGCUACCGGCACAAGGAGAACUUUCACCGCAAGGAUGGGAACAAGUAUGGGCACGAGCGGCAGACGGGAUUUGGCGAGUCGAAGCGCACUGGGGACGAGCUGGCGAAAGAGCAGGGCAGGCUAACGGUGGACACGCACCACUACCGCCCCGAACCGACGUACGAAGUGUUCGAGGAGCAAAGUGAUGUGGAAAACCCGGACAAACACAAAAAGUACGGUCUCGCCGGUGGCAAGGACAAGAAAAAGCCCACCGAGAUGAAGCCGACCAAAUCGUCGCGGCAAACGGUCGCUGCCGGCCCGAAGGCAAAGGGACGCUCCAAUGCGAAGAAAAACCACACCGGCUACGAAUCGAUCGUGUACCAUGAGAACGAGCGGGACAGCAGCGAGCAUGGGUACGGCAAGAAGAAGGCGGUCGGGCAGCUUCCACAGCCCGAGGAGAAGAGUCCGGCCAAACAGAUUGCCCACGACGAUGGGUUCGAUGAGGGUGAGGGUGGAUCGGACGCUGGUCGGGAUUCGGAUUUCAACGAUAACUAUGACGCGUUGCGGUUCGAUAGCGACUUUGAGCGGUCUUUUGGUAGUGAGGAGGACGAGGAGGACGGAGUGGAGGAGGAGAACGGUGGUCGGCAGGCUGGGAAGAAGGGGGAAGACGACUACGAUGAGGGAGACGAGGGAGAUGAUGACGACGAUGGAGCCAGCCAGGACAAGUAUCGGGGAGAUGAUUACGAUGACGAGGACGAAGAAUCGGACGGUUCGGAAAAGGGAGAGGACGAUCGGCAGUACGAGUACGCCAGCGAGGCGGAUGGUGAUGCGCAAGAUUACUGAACAAAUGAGGGGAGAGGGGAUGGAAUGUGCUGUAGGUGAUUAAGAUUAAGAGCAGAGAACAACGAUAUCGGUAGGAAGCUGCUGUUAGGGCUGUAGUUAACGAGAUACCUCGAACCGAAGUGCAAAUAUGUCGUAAUAAAUCGAACUAAUGAUACUGUUAUUA